ACGCCCGUACCAACGAAGAUUUUCGGCAACCAAGCAACAACACUCCCACCCGACCCCGAAAUAGUUUGCUCAGCAUGGAUGCCGACCAACUUCAGAAACUCUUGAACAACAUUACCCAGUUAUUCGAACGAGCUACAAUUGAUAUCAUCAAUGGCAGUAGGAAUGACGUAGCAGAGGUGAAACCGGGACAUUCAUCGGGAGUCUCGCAUGCCGCAAAUGAAACCCAAAACAGAAUCCUAAAGGUGAGGAAUGAUCGUCAAGGCAAGACCCGGGAGAAUGACAUAGCUACGAAACCAAUCAAGGAGGAACCAAAACGUACCUGUGCGGAGAUUCGAACAGCUAGCGAUGAAGACACCAGAGUGCCAAGUGAGAGGGAGCAAGUGGAAGCACCCGAAGGCAACGAGAGGAAUGCCAAGAUUGCAGAAGCUGGGAGCGAAUCAAGAGGUGACGAAAAGUCGGGAACAGAAGACGAUAACCCUGCGGAGACAAAGGAAGAAGUAAGGUUUGACUCUCGGGAUGAUAAGGACAAAAUAGUGAUGGUGCCGGUCGAUGCCAUCACAACCGAGAAAUGCGAAGAACCUAGUAGGAAGGAAUCUGACCCACGCAAAGCAAGAUCAGAUUGUCGCAAUGAUAAUAUCAUACUUGCUGAGCGAGAAAUCCACGAGGUUAAAUCAGAUCAUCUUAGCAGCCGUGAUAGCCCUACUGAUAGUGCCGAAAGCGAUAAUGACCGUGAUGGAAGACAUACCAUAGAAAUCGCCACGGACUAUUGUGAUCAAGAAGGAGGAGACGACACUGCCAAACGAGUGAAGCCAAUAAACCCUGAACCUGACCCCAGAAGAACUCCAUCAGCACACCGAGAAAUAGGAGUGCUACGGAAUGGGCGAAUCUGGAAAUGGUGGCAAAGGAAGGGAGACGAUGAAAUCACCAUGAUGCACCUGAUUAAGAGCAUGCCUAUGAAUACAUGGAUAAAUGCGCCUGCAGCGAAACAAUGGAGCUGUACCACUAUGUCACACCGUAAAGCUGUUGGACGAAGAAAAAGGUUGACAGAACACAUAAAGUUCCACUUAGAAUAUUUUGAAGAAAGGCACAGGAUCAUGAUGACGGCACGUAGGAGAAAGAAAGUCACUAAAAAUGAACCUGAUCUUAGGAACAUCCAACCUGCGAUAAAGGAAAAAUGU